CGGACAGGCCCGCCCCGACCUGCGCCAGGAACCGCCGCCGAACCCCGCGUAGCCCCGGCCCUCGGCUGCCUGGUGCCGGACCCUCGCGUAGCCCCGGCUCCCUCUCCUCCCCGCGGUGAAAGAGGAGGCAUGUCCGCUGCCGCCUCCGCUGACAUGAUUGAAACCCCCCCGGUCCUCAACUUCGAAGAAAUCGACUACAAAGAGAUCGAGGUGGAAGAGGUUGUUGGAAGAGGAGCCUUUGGUGUGGUCUGCAAGGCAAAAUGGCGAGCUAAAGAUGUAGCCAUUAAACAGAUAGAAAGUGAAUCUGAAAGAAAAGCCUUCAUUGUAGAGCUUCGACAACUGUCACGAGUAAAUCAUCCCAAUAUUGUCAAGUUAUAUGGAGCCUGUCUAAACCCAGUGUGUCUUGUUAUGGAGUAUGCUGAAGGAGGUUCUCUGUACAAUGUGUUGCAUGGUGCUGAACCUCUGCCUCAUUAUACUGCUGCACAUGCCAUGAGUUGGUGUUUACAGUGUUCCCAGGGUGUGGCAUAUCUCCACAGUAUGAAACCAAAGGCUCUAAUUCACAGAGAUCUGAAACCACCAAAUUUGCUCUUGGUAGCUGGGGGGACAGUUCUAAAAAUCUGUGACUUUGGUACAGCCUGUGAUAUUCAAACGCACAUGACCAACAACAAAGGAAGUGCUGCUUGGAUGGCACCUGAAGUUUUUGAAGGUAGCAAUUACAGUGAAAAAUGUGACGUUUUCAGUUGGGGUAUUAUUCUCUGGGAGGUAAUCACUCGCAGGAAACCUUUUGAUGAGAUUGGUGGUCCAGCUUUCCGAAUAAUGUGGGCAGUUCACAAUGGUACUCGGCCACCACUGAUCAAAAAUUUGCCUAAACCAAUUGAGAGUUUAAUGACCCGUUGUUGGUCCAAGGAUCCCUCACAACGGCCAUCCAUGGAGGAAAUCGUUAAAAUAAUGACACACUUGAUGCGGUACUUUCCAGGAGCUGAUGAACCUCUGCAGUAUCCUUGCCAGUAUUCAGAUGAAGGCCAAAGCAACUCAGCCACUAGCACAGGUUCAUUCAUGGACAUCACUUCUACAAACACAAGUAACAAGAGUGAUGCUAACAUGGAACCAAGUGAUUUCCAAGGAGCUUCUACCAAUGACACUAUUAAACGUUUAGAAUCAAAAUUGGCACAGCAAAUCAAAAAUACAGCCAAGCAGCCGGGUGAUCCUGGCCGUUUAAGUUUGCCCCCAUCUCGCGGGAGCAGUGUUGAGAGCUUGUCAGAUGUUCGCGCACGACCACCAUCAGCCCUUGUUUCCGGAGAAGCCAAAAGGAUGAGUGCUGAUAUGUCUGAAAUAGAAGCAAGAAUAGCUUCCAUCACAGCCUAUUCCAAGCCUAAACGAGGCCAUCGUAAAACUGCUUCAUUUGGCAACAUUCUGGAUGUCCCUGAGAUCAUCAUACCAGGAAACGGACAGCAGAGGCGCAGAUCCAUUCAAGAUCUUAGUGUUGCUGGAACAGAGUCCAGUCAGGAGAGUAGAAACAGCAGUAGAUCAUCUAGUCCUAGUGUGAGAAUGAUCACUACCUCAGGACCAACCUCUGAAAAGCCAACACGUAAUCCAUGGACACCAGAUGAUGCAGAGACCAAUGGGUCAGAUAACUCCAUCCCAAUGGCAUAUCUCACAUUAGAUCAUCAGUUACAGCCUCUAGCACCAUGCCCAAACUCCAAAGAAUCCAUGGCUGUGUUUGAACAGCACUGCAAAAUGGCACAAGAAUAUAUGAAAGUUCAGACAGAAAUCGCAUUGCUGUUGCAGAGGAAACAAGAACUAAUAGCAGAACUGGACCAGGAUGAAAAAGACCAGCAAAACACAUCACGUCUUGUACAAGAACAUAAAAAGCUGUUAGAUGAAAACAAAAGUCUCUCAACAUACUAUCAGCAAUGCAAAAAACAAUUAGAGGUCAUCAGAAAUCAGCAACAGAAGCGGCCAGGCACAUCAUGAUUUCCUGGGACCUUUCAAAUGAAAAAUAUGCACAGAAAAGACUGACUUUUUUAUUGUUGUUAUUAUUAUCCCUUAUUAUGACAGCUCAUGAGUGUUAGCUUCUUGGUGUGAUCUGUACUUGUCUGCUACACUUAACAUCAUUUAAUUUUCUUUUUCCUAGGUGAAAUCAAGUUCAACAGGUUAAUUGAAUAGGGUGAAAAAACAUUGACUUGAAUUAACCAAUAGCCCUCAAUUUAAAGCGAGAAGAGUGGCUGUUUGCAUGCUCCUAGUGUGAAGGCUAGCCUAACAAGUGUUGAAGAGGCUGCUAAAUUGUGAGAACUUAUUUUUAGUUUUUGGUGUUACCUCAGUAAGAGAAAAAAAAAAAACUUUCCUGUUUAAGAAUGGUUUUGUUCCAGUGUCUCAUCUCAAACUAUGAUUAUGAUGAUUAUUUUCAUAAUAAACUGAAACAUGAACCAAGCUGCAGAGGUGAUGUUGGCUGACCAGAGUAAUUCAUGAUGCAUUAGUGAUGCCUUUUACCUGUAGACAUAGUGUAUUUUUUCCACAUGCAAAAUGGUAGGCAAACUGAUGCCAGCAUUCUUGGUUCAGUGCUUGAUAGCCCUGCAUUUUUGACUAAUAUAUUUCUUGUAAUCUUGCAUUCAUAAAAUAUUUGAAGUAAAAGGCUGUAUUUUGUUUACUUUCUUGGGGUGAAUGACAUGCAGUUUCACUUAAAUACAGGCCAAAAGUUAGGAAGGUGAUCAUUGGAUGGAGUUGGUCCCUUGUAUAAAAGAGAUACAAUCAAAAAUAUGUAAAAGCGUGUUUUAAAUCUUUACAGCUUUUGUCCCUGUAGAAUCUUUGAAAGGAAAUUCAGAAAGAAAAUUAAUACAGAACUUGAAAUACUUUCUCCCUUUGUUUUUGCUCCCUUAUUGAUUUUGCUUCAGGAGUUUUUUUUCUUAAAACUUAUUUGGUGAAAAGCAUUUACCAUAAAUGUAAAUAAGUUUGUUUUAGAUAGAGAGAGAAGAGUUUGGGGAGAUGACUUUAUUUUAAAUAGCAAAUUAUAAAAUGGAGUUGAGUAUGCAAAUAGUGGAAACUAUUAAGAAAAUGAGGGAAAUAGCUUAGAUCUCCAUCAGGAAUCUCAGUUAUUCCACUCAUUUGAACAUUUCUCAAAGGAAGUUCAUCACAGAAUGCCUUCUGCCUUUUGUGACUGAAGAAUUGCAUUUCAUGAACUUGAGUGGACUAUGUAAUGCUCAGUGUUGUUAUUUACCAUUAUUACAUAGGAGAAAAUAAUUACUCAUUUACAUUGCAGAUUGAUUAUUUGGAUUAUGAAUUAAUUUUUAACUGGUACAAAAAUGAGGCACUUCUAUAUGCAAUGAUAAAUUACUCCUUACAUACAUACAUAAGUUUUUGAUGUUCUCAGUUACAGGCAGGGUUUUAAUAACACUUAUUUGCAAAAGUAAAAUAGAAAAUUGAAGUUUAGCUGCUGAGCCCUAUAAAAGAAGUAAUCUGAAAUUUGAAAUACGCUUAUUUCAAAUGAAUAGUUACUCAUACCCAUGAGCAGAACGUGGAAAAACCUUAAGGGGAGAACCUCACACUAUUUUCUCUUUCUCUUCCUGCCUACUUGAUAAAAACCAUUAAUACUGUUGUGCUUAUCUGUGAACAGCAAAGAGGACGAACAACUUACUGAACAUCCUGUCUUGAAAAUAAAUCUAAUGUUGGCAAACCUUUGAGAGUUAGAAACCUUUCCCUCAUUUUAUUUAAAUAAAGGAAGGGUUCUCAUUCCCAAAACCUUAACAGAUAAUUUGAUUAGUUAGCUGAAACUGAUAUUAGGAUCAACUUAAGGGCACACAUAUUUAUAGCAAAAUGUAAUUGGGGGAGAAAAUAACUCUAGUAUUAGGAAUAGCACAAGUUAUCCAAAGCAUUGCUGUUCACAUACAUCUGUCUAUCUACCAAAAUGGAGACACUCAGUGAUCAGCAGCUUACUUAACAUAUGCUGAAGCAUUAAGUAGAGCAGCAUAAAUAUUGAUUCUCAACUUCAGAGGCAUUGAUAGUUACAUACACAAAAUCAUUUCCCAGGGCAGUUUUUACAUUUUGCUGUGUAGUAAAAGAGAUAUGCUUAAGGUAAAUCAGUGUUGUAUGUCAAAAGUCGCUUUAUGGCAAGGUUUGAAUAAUGAAGGUGAAUGCAGUGAUAAAUUAAUACAUAAUACAAAAGUAAUUUCUAGCAGUUGCUUAUGAUUUUUCAGGGUUCACAGUAAAAAGGGUUUCAGAUUAAAAAAUGAGUGCUACCAUGCACUGUUGGCUUCAGUCAACAGUUUAGUUUUAUCACUCUUAGUUUUCAAAGGAAAUUUGGAGUUUCACUUUCUGCCUUCAAAUUGUCCUUUUCUUAAUUUUACCAGAAAUUUAAAAAACACUUGCCCAGAUUUCUCACUGAGGUUUUCCAUGUGAAAAAAUUUGUUUUUCAUAAAAAAAACUCUUAUUAGGGUAAAAUACAGCAGUUUGGGCUAAGAAGAGUUUAACAGCUUGACUUUCAGUGACCUUUACUGUUUUCAUAAAGUUGUUUACAAAUGUACUUUUAUUUUUCUGUUAAGCUAUUUGGACUGUUCAAGAACUUUUUUCAUGUUCUGUUCAGUUAAAGCUGUUCCUCUAAUAAUGGAGAUGAAACAUCUAGUUUUGGCUGGGCACUGCCUUCUCAGAAAAGGUAACAGGCUCUGCUUUUUGUUACAGUCUGUGUUCUGUAAGAUAUUGUGUAAUUGAAGUAUGCUUCUGUAUACUAUGCAGUUCUUCCAAAAAUGCUUUUUUAGGCUUUUUGGUUUGUUAUUUUUUCUGAUGAGGAGUUAAAGAUUGUAAUUCAAAACUUGUACAUAAAAUGGUGAAUGAUUUCAUAUGA